GCUAUAUCAAGACACAAGUAGACACUAUGAUGAUGUGCGUGCAACGUGUCCUUCAGGUGGUUGCAUGGCUGUUCGUCAUUGUGGCCAUGGCCGGCGGGGCGUAUGUGGUCGUGCCAUCACAGCGCAACCAGGACUUUGCAUGCUGUGGUGGGUGCUCAUCUGGCGUCAGGGCCGACGCGGCGCUGUUGCCUCUGGGGUCGCGCAUCGUGCUGUGGGACGCCACAGUCAAAGUAGCGCCAGCAGACCAGUGCCAGAUCACGUUUCCAUUUGAACCGACCAACGGCGAACUGCCUGGGUCAAGACGAGUUCGCAGUGGGAAACUAGUGGGCUCGACGUUCCCUCUCGACCACGACGCCGACGCCUUGUGUUGUUUGAACAACGGUCGGUGCUCUUUGUCCGAAGAUGACGCCAGUGGAAGAUGUGACUGCGUCGUGCAAUACGGGUUCCAAGGGGCUUUCUGCGAACUCAGUGUAUACGACGUUGCAGCCACAAACAAUUCGCUUCUGUAUCCGCCCACUUUCGAACCGCCGCCGUUUACUAUUCCGCUGCCAGACGUCCGGCACGCGCUCGAGUUAUUUCCCAUCGCCCAGCCUCUGCUCAAAUCUCUAUUGGUUUCCACCGCUGCAACUACAGACGGAUCAACUGGUUCAGAGGACCCAAGCCUAGCCCAAUACCGAGAGCGCGCAUUUCUCCCUGCGGCGCUGGGGGUCGCAGCUGCCAUGGGCCUCGCCUGUGUGUUUCUGCUGGUGCUUUUAGUCAAGUGCUGUCUCACCAGUCGCGUCUAUUCGAUGUGCGAAAAGAUCGUCACGAUGCUGCUUAUGCUGGCCUUUGCAUUGCUUUCAGCGGCAAGUCUCGGUGUCGGCGGCAAUCAGUGGCUGCAAUUACACCACCAAUCCACCAGCCUCACGACCCUUGUCGACGUGGCCCUGCCGUCUGCCUUGGACCAUUUUUACACUACAAUGUCUGCUCCGCUUUUGGCAGCGUUGCAAGGCAACAAUGGCAGCAUACCCAUCCCAAUGUUUCAGCUAAAAACCGCAGCUCUCAUGCAACAAUACGCCCGACUCAAUCAAACAGACAUGCCGGGGCUAUUUCUACAAGCACUGGAUCCACUGAAAACCGUGGGUGCGCUAUUCCCCACAGCCACAGGGUGCGAGAAUGUAGUGAUUUUGCGCAGUUCCAUCAGUGUCAUGACUGUCGGGGCGGCCACGGGGUGCUUCCAGUGCCCGAAAUGUGCAGCUAUAGUAGCCAAUGUUCAACAAAUUAAGCUGGACUGGUUUCGAGGCGUCCAAGCCAUCCACUUCAUCUUGUACCAAAGCCACGAGAAUCUGGUGGAAUUUUCCACUGUGCCGCUGGAACCAACGCUCCAGUCGUUUCAACGCUCUCUGAACCACACGAAAUCGACGGUGGGGCUGCACGUCCAACGGCUCAGCGGCAUGUUGGCAUCCUUGACAACGUCGUUCGCUCAAUUGCUGGAUUACGGACUGUAUUUGUGGUGGCCAGCGUCCUUUCUAACGAUUUCGACGUCGAUUGUCGCUGCAAUUGUGGGCUUGAAAUAUAAAUCUGGAAUCAUCGGGAAAGGAGCGAGUUGGCUCGCCCAGCUUUCUACGCUUUUGGGCUUUGGGCUAACGGGGGUCACGUGGUCUUUGGCGUAUUGCGCUCGCGAUGGCAUUGAGCUUUUGCAAUCUUUUGACAUGAACGCUACAGUGCUCAUCCCCGAUGCCACCCCAGCCAUCGAUGUAUGGAACCUGUUGCACGACCAGUCCCUUGUGGCAAAUCACUCACUGAGCCAAGUACGUGAUACAAUCAACGGGGUUUCGGGAUUCUGGUGUUUCGGGGUCCUGCUGUUUUGAGGUUUUGGCGUUUCGGGGUAACAGCCAGUUCUUUUUCUAGCUGCUGUUGUUUGCAGACGUGGUCAAGGUCCCGCCUCUGGCGACACCUGACGACUCUUUCAACACCCCACAGCGGUAUGAUUUUCCAGCGCUGUUCCAAUUUCAGGGGCUGAUGGACCUGCAAGCGCACUUCGAUGCGGCCAAUCCGACGGUGCUGGAGUCGCUGUUUUCAUGGGACGAAAGCAUCGUGACCGUCAACGCCAACCUGUUAACUACAUUAGUUGAGGGAAAUCACACCACGCCGUCUCCGUACGCUGCCACGUCAUUCAAUUUCACAACCAACCAGUCCACAGUUGUCAACAUGUUCAAUUCGACCUGGCCCACGCUCACACCCGUGGCCAGUGCCGCCCAAAACCAACGCAUUGCAGCGCAGUGGCUCGUGUGCGCGACCUUUGAAGCCCGGAGGAGAGAGCUGCUUCUGUACAUCACCGACGUAAAUCAUCGCAUUGCUGGUACGCGGCCAGUGCUGGACGCCAUUCAGACCAACUCGUCGCUCUUGGAGGCGUUGGAGUACCAACUAAAGGCCGAUAUGGAGUUCUUCACGACUCAAAUGCAGGCAUUCAAGCUGGCAGACUGUGGGUUCCGAGGCAACUGCGUAUGGGCGCGAACAGUGUGGAACGAUGUGGUGUCGGAGUUGUUAACCUUGGGCAAUACUGCGGACUUGACGACGGCAUGCUUCGGCGUGGCGGCGCUGGCGCAAUUGCUCUGUGCUUUAUUCGCGUCCUGCUUUGCCACUCGAAUUCAAAAGCCCCAAAUCAAGAUCUAUGUGUUUACCACCGACGACGAUAAAGCAACCAAGACAAAAUCGGGUAGUUAGUUAGUCGUGAAACAAUCGUAGUUAAGUCAUUAACUGACAUCGAACUGCCAUCAAAGCAAAA